AUGCCCCCCGCCAAGAAAAAGGGCAGCUCCAGCGCCCGCCGCCGCAAAAUGGAGGCGUUCCUCCAAGACUUCGACAGAGAAGUGGAGCGGCGGCUGAAGCGGAUCGAGGCGGACGGGGAGCGCAUGGUGCAAGAAGUGGAGCACAUGUACGACAUGGCCAUCCUGCGGCUGCCGGCCGCCAUCCGCGAGAUGAACUGGCUGGAGUUCUUCGCUCUAGCAAGAGGUGAAAACACGCCGGAGGAUGUGGCUAAGGCAGACAUGGAAAUAACAAAAAUCCGCAGGCUGAGCGCAGACAUCAUUGAUCCCCUGUUGGAUGUUGCUGAGAAAGUGAGUAAGAUCAAAAGGAGUGUUGAAGCUGAUGAGGAAGCAGAGCCUCCAUCACUUCCACGGCAGAAGAGAUCUCGGCUUGCCAGCCAGUGUUCCACAGAGGCUGAGGGUGGGGAUGCAAGGACUGCCAAGGUGAAGGCAUCCAGCAAAAAACCACCCGUGGCCAGAAGACCCCCCUCAGCAAGUGUGAAGGGCAUGAGCAAGAGAUCAAGCAAGAACAGCUUCAUCACCCCAGCUUCUGGCAGAAUGGUUGAUAUGUGUGCUCGGGGAGGCACCUCCAUGGUUACACCCAGAUUUGAUCCCAGGGUGUUCAAGACGCCGGGGCUGCGCACUCCCGCCAUCAACGAGCGCAUUUACACCUUCUCUGCCAAGGGCAGCCCCCUGGCCGAGCCCGAGGACGUCGUGCUCACCCUGCCCCUCGGUGGGGGAGAGAGCAUACGUUUGACAGAAAAGGAUCUGACCAAGAAGAAUUUUCUUCAGCUGAACCCCAAGGCCCAAGGGCUCAUGCAGAAGCUGUCAGUUUGUCUCACACAGGCUUGCAACGAGGCAAAAAUGCCCCAAGAUGGAAGUCAGUGA